GCCGGCCGCCAUGGCAACCGAGGCGGGGCAAGAUGGCGGACGGGUUGGACGAGCUGCUGGAUCAAGUGGAGCGGGAGCUGUGCGGGCCGCGGGCGGCCGUGAGGCAGCGCCGCGGCGGGCCAGAGGAGAGGGGAGGGUCAGCUAAACUAUUCACAAAAGGUGAGAGCAGUGAAGAGGACAUAGAUGACAUUAUUAAUGACAUCUUUGAUGAAAGCAGCUUUGCAAAAAAACCUGUGAAAUUAAAAUCUAAAUCUACAAGUUCCACAUCUGAAACCAAUAGUGGUUCUGUGCAGGCUUGUGGUAAGAGAUGUUGUCCAGUGUAUCUUGGUGGAAGCACUGCACUAUAUGGAUUAGGAACAAAUAUUUCAAAGAGAACAUGUGAUAAGCUACGUUGUACUGCCUGUGACUUCCGUGUAGCACACUAUGAUGAUUACUUUUGGGAUAAGUCGUGUGAUUACCUGUUUUUCAGGAAUAAUAUGCCUGAGCUCAGCAAGUUAAGAGCGAAGAUGAUCAAAAAGAAAGGAUCCCGGGCUUAUGCUUGCCAGUGCAGCUGGAGGUCCAUUGACGAGUUAACCAAUCUCCAAACAGACCGGCAACUUCACUGGGUUUGUGGUAAACAUGCAGAAUGAAGUCUUCGCACAUUCUAAGUACGUACUCCUGUUUAAAAAUAGACUUUCAGAUCAUAAACUCAAGCUGUGCCCCACUCAGUUUUCUGAGAACAGAUGAGAACUUGAACAUUUCAUCUAGAAAUAGACUGUGACACUAAAUUCAAAAUGAUUGCCUUUCUCUCACUGCAGUGGUCUCGUGAGUGCAGAGGAACUGGAUUAGUAGAGGAAAUAUCCACCGUGAAGGUCUGUGGUUCUCUAGAAACCAGGUGCUGGUGACAUUGGAAAUGCAAAUUAUAAAUUAGCAAAGGAGAGCUUCAAGCUAACAGUAGCAAGUCUGAGAAGAAGCCUGGGGAACUGAGCAUGAGGUAUAGCAAAAAUGAAAAGUAGAGGCUCUAGUCAGCUUCUCUGAGUUAUUAGAAAGCCUUGUUCCCUGUGUCUGCAAGAUCUGGGACUCCAAAAGAGAGAGAAAUGACAGGGCUGGGAAGCAGCUGAACCAUGUGAUACAGUCUCACAACUGGGAGGAUAAUUGCAUGGAGUGGAAGCAUUAAUUUGACACUUACCUGCAGGUGGUCGCAAGAAGUGUUACCCAAAAGUCAGUAGCAGAGCAACUUCUAAAGUA